UGCAUUCAAACCCAGCACUUCCUCUUCAGCACGUGUCUCAGAGGGGAAUUGCUGAGUCAUAUGGCACCUCCGCUGAGCUUUCAAAUCAAGUCAUCGGGAGUUAGCAUCUUCCCACCCGGCAGGGAAGGGAGGAGUUGGCAAGAAUUUGGCUCACCCAUUCCCUCUGCAAUCCUCUGGUGUGGUGGAGCACCGGACUUCUGCCAUGACUGACACCGUGUUCAGCAACAGCUCUAGCCGUUGGAUGUGUCCCAGUGACCGACCCCUUCAAUCGGAGCUCCAGGCAGGCUGGCCCGUCCAUCCCAGCGGUCCGCCCGACAGACAGAGGAAGCAGGAAGAGCUGACAGAUGAGGAGAAGGAAAUCAUCAACAGGGUGAUCGCUCGAGCCGAGAAAAUGGAAGAGAUGGAGCAGGAGCGAAUUGGGCGCCUGGUGGACCGUCUGGAGAACAUGAGGAAGAACGUGGCUGGGGACGGGGUGAACCGCUGCAUACUGUGUGGAGAACAGCUGGGGAUGUUGGGCUCCACCUGUGUGGUGUGUGAGGACUGUAAAAAGAACGUCUGCACUAAGUGUGGGGUGGAGACCUCCAAUAAUCGCCUGCAUUCCGUGUGGCUCUGUAAAAUCUGCAUCGAGCAGAGAGAGGUGUGGAAGCGUUCUGGAGCGUGGUUCUUCAAGGGAUUCCCCAAACAGGUCCUCCCACAGCCUAUGCCUAUAAGGAAGACCAAGCCCCAGGAGCCUGUCAGUGAGCCUGCUGUCCCUGAGCAGGUCACUCCUGAGCCCAAGCAUGCUGCCCGGGCUCCAACCCGAGGUGACACGGAAGACCGGAGGGGCCCAGGUCAGAAGACAGGUCCUGACCUGGCCUCUGCCCCCGGGCGAGGAAGCUAUGGGCCUCCUGUGCGCAGGGCCUCCGAGGCACGCAUGAGCUCAUCCAGCCGGGACUCAGAGAGCUGGGACCAUGGCCACGGUGGGGCUGCCGCUGACUCCAGCCGGAGCCCAGCAGGUUUGCGACGGACAAACUCAGUCCAGGCCUCCAGACCGGCCCCCGCCUCCGUGCAGAGCCCAGCCCCUCCACAGCCCGGGCAGCCAGGGCCUCCAGGAGGCGGCAAAGCCAGCCCUGGGCCAGCAGGACGCUUUCCAGAUCACAGACCAGAGGUGGCUCCCGGUGAGCCCAGCUACGCAGGGGCCACCGCCCCAGCCCGGGAGGACAGAACAGGGGGAGCUGGGGGCUACUCAGCAGCUGGAGCCAGGGAGGACCGAGGGGGCCACCCACCGGGCCCCUAUUCCCAAGCGGCUGCUGCGGCUCCCCAGCCCGCCGUGGCCCCUGCCCGCCAGCCCCCGCCCCCGGAGGACGAGGAGGAAGAAGCCAACAGCUACGAUUCGGAUGAAGCAACCACCCUGGGUGCCCUGGAGUUCAGUCUUCUCUACGACCAGGACAACAGCUCCCUGCACUGCACCAUCAUAAAAGCCAAGGGACUGAAGCCCAUGGAUUCCAACGGCUUGGCUGAUCCUUACGUUAAGCUGCAUCUCCUGCCGGGAGCCAGCAAGUCCAACAAGCUUCGUACAAAAACCCUGCGGAACACCCGGAACCCCGUGUGGAACGAGACACUUGUCUAUCACGGCAUCACAGACGAGGACAUGCAGAGGAGGACGCUCAGGAUCUCUGUCUGUGACGAGGACAAAUUUGGCCAUAACGAGUUUAUCGGUGAGACCAGAUUCUCACUCAAGAAACUGAAGCCUAACCAGAGGAAGAACUUCAACAUCUGCCUGGAGCGGGUGAUCCCGAUGAAGCGUGCUGGAACCACCGGGUCAGCCCGAGGCAUGGCCCUUUAUGAGGAGGAGCAGGUGGAACGAAUUGGUGACAUAGAGGAACGCGGCAAGAUCCUGGUGUCCCUCAUGUACAGCACACAGCAGGGAGGCCUCAUCGUGGGCAUCAUACGCUGCGUGCACCUGGCCGCCAUGGAUGCCAAUGGCUACUCAGAUCCAUUUGUCAAGCUCUGGCUGAAACCGGACAUGGGAAAGAAAGCCAAACACAAGACUCAAAUAAAGAAGAAAACCUUGAAUCCUGAAUUUAAUGAGGAGUUCUUCUAUGACAUCAAACAUAGUGACCUGGCGAAGAAGUCCCUGGACAUCUCGGUCUGGGACUACGACAUUGGAAAAUCCAACGAUUACAUCGGAGGCUGCCAGCUGGGGAUCUCAGCCAAGGGAGAGCGCUUAAAACACUGGUACGAGUGUCUGAAAAACAAGGACAAGAAGAUUGAGCGUUGGCACCAGCUACAGAAUGAGAACCACGUGUCGAGCGAUUAGGAUGCCCCCCGCCAGGUCCCCAGCUCCACGCCCCACCCCCAUGCCAGCUCACCCA